AUGUUUCGCCUGUUAGUGGGGUUGUUGGCUCUGUUUUCCUUCCACAGUGAAGCGUUGAGUCUAAAUGGUAAGUUACUUAAGAUAUCUCAGAUCGCACAGACUGGAUGAUUAGAAAAUGUUUUUUUUCUGCUACUUGUAUCUGGUGUUUGUCAAUUACCCAUAGACUGUAUAUACUAUAUACAGUAUAUACACUAUUCUAUAUACAGUCUAUGGGAUUACCACAUAAAAUCCCGUAUGUCCGCUUUUUCCAUGUACAGCAGUUUAAUGUGGGUGCAGGUUCAAGUCUGCUAUUUUUUAACAGUUUAAAAAAAAGAAGUUAAAAAACUUCAAGAAUUUCUCAAUCAAGACAAGAAGAUUUAAGAACAGUAACUGUACUAUAAUCAAUGUUUAAUACCACUAGAUGCAGGUUUUCUAACUUAGCUAUAAUAAUUUCAUCAUUUGCUUUCAAAAUUUCCUAUUCAAAUAUUUGCUGAGGAUACUUUUCGAUUACAUUUUGAGGGCAUCCCUCAAAAUGUAAUUUAAUUGUACCUCAAUUACAAUAUCUAAAUAAUUUUGAUACAAAAGAAGGUAUCUGUCCUAACUCAAGUAUUGCUAAAAUAAAAUACCUUUAGUUUCUGUUUUGUUUUGUUUUGUCAUUUUCUUUUAGUUAAAGGAUUCAGGCUUCAGUUAUCCAAAUGACAAAACACACAAAACUGUUCGUUUUAACUUGAAUGAAUGAGGAAUAAAGGGAAUGACAGAUAUUAGAAAUGGUUCAGAGAAAAAAAAAAAAAAAGUACUGGCUUAAGAGGUAUUACGGUAAAAAACUAACAAACAAAAAAAAAACACUUGUGUAAUUCUGUUUCCCUGUGUCUUGCUUAAGGCUCAGGACUCCACCCCCGGACUUUUGCUGGUCACUAUGUCAUGUCCACUGAUGACUCCGUGGACUAUCUUGAUCUGUCUGUGUUAGGAGGGGAAUACAAGGAGUCAGGCUCAGGGAUGGACCAGGUUCCAGUGAAAAAACACAACGUUAAUAGUCCACACCCCCAUCACCAGAAGACUUAUCACAUCUCAAAAGAAGCUAAACAUUUCCUCAAGGGUAGCCUGGCAACGAGCUUUGUCCCCACAAUUUACACUUUAGUCUUUAUCAUCAGUGUGCCUCUGAACCUUGUUGCCAUGGUGAUGUUUGUGCGCCACAUCCGUCCGAGAAAACCAGCCACCAUCUACAUGCUGAACCUGGCCUGUGCUGACCUAGUCUUCGGCCUUCUGCUCCCCUUCAAGAUCUCCUACCACUACCACGGCAACAACUGGGUCUACGGUUCUGUCAUGUGCAGGGUGGUCACAGCAGCUUUCUACUGUAACAUGUACUGCUCCGUGCUGCUCAUGACCUGUAUCAGUGUGGACCGUUUCCUGGCUGUGGUUUACCCCAUGAACUCGCUGACGUGGCGCAGCCCUCAGACUGCCACAGGUGUGUGUGUUGCCAUGUGGAUUUUGGCUCUUGGAGGAGUUUCCCCCCUCUUGAUCUCUGACCAAACCAUGCAUAUAUCAGACCCAGACAUUGUCACCUGCCAUGAUGUGCAGGAUGUGAAACAACUACAAGCGUAUUAUCUCUACUUCUUUCCCAUCUACUCCUCUGUCUUCUUCUUUAUCCCUCUUGUCUUCACUGUCGUCUGCUAUGCUAGAAUCGUUCGGGCCCUGUUAGCAGCCAAUGUGGAGAACCGCUCCAAAAAGACCCGCGCCGUGGUGAUGGCUGUGGUCGUGCUGGUGGUGUUUGUGGUCUGCUUCACCCCCACCAACGUCAUCCUCAUGGUCCACUAUGUCCAGCUGUCCCACAAGUCCAGUGACAGCUCCUAUAAGGCUUACCUUCUCUCUCUGUGUUUGGGGAGUCUCAGCUGUUGUCUGGAUCCUGUCCUCUAUUACUUUGGCUCUUCUCAGUGUCAGAAGCAGGUGUUGAAGCUGCUCAGGUGUAAGCAGCUGGCAGCAGCAGAGAGCAGCUCAGCGACGCAGAGUAUGAGGAGCAGUGGGUGGACAGACAGCACCAGGUCAUGUAAGAUGGAGAGCCUUCCAAAAGACUUGGGGAGCCAGUACAGCAGGCUGGUGGCAUGA